UUGUAGAAUAGCCUUUACGUGUCCCGGCCGCCACUCGAUCCUUUCUGCAAAUGUUCACUAUCAUGGCCGCGGCCACGAGCACAUCACGUGAUCAUAGAGCAUGCGUAUGGGACUACAGAGCGUGCGCAUAGUGUUCCGUCGCUUUUUCGGUAUGACAGAUUUCUUAACCUUAAUUCGUCAACUUUAAUAACGAUUAGUAUCUCGAUCGCUUUUCUGAUGCACGCUUAUUCUUGUCAGAUUUAUUCGUUUUAAGCAAAAUCGCGUCAAAUACGCAUAAUUACAUCGAUAUUUGAGGUGCGGGAUCUAAAUGAAACAAUUACUUUUUAUAAAUAUAUGUGAAAGUGAGCCUGAUUGAAAAAGUAAAGUAUAUAUUAUAUAUUAUACAUUAUCGGAUAAUGAGUGAUUCGUCAUCAUGUGAUUCUAAUUCUGAUAAUGAUAUAAAUAAUGCAGUUCCCAAAAAAGUAAAACGACGUUACAAAACAGGAUUGUAUAAAGAUUAUGAGACUCACUUCAGAGAUAAUUUAUCUUGGGUUACUAGAUCAAAGUGGGAUUCUUUUACGAGUUAUGAACAUCAAUUAGCUUUUGUGCCAGAAAGCAGUAAUUUUUCUAACUUGAAUAAUGAGCAGAACCGUGAUUGUUGUAUUAGAAGUGAGAAUAAUUGUGACAUGAGAAUGAAUAAUAAUGAAGCUAGUAGUAAUAAUUCCACAGCGAUUCGCUCUCCAGAAUAUAAACCUGACUUAAAUAUUGAAGAUACAUUUGAGUAUAAUGAAAUUAUUCAUAUAAACAAUGAAGACGAGGACAAAGAAAAUGAAGAUGCCAGCAGUGUAGAAGACAAUAGUGAAGAUGAUGACAAACAUAAUGACUUACUUGGUAGACUCUGUAUGUCGACCAAUCUGCAAAUAGAAUGCAAUUUAAUGGGUAUUAUGGUUGUAGCUGGUGUUACCAUCCAGAUGUUUAUGUUAAAGAAGUUUCAGGAUAUACAUCGACUCCCACGAUCACGAAAAGAAAAGUUAAAAGGUGCUGAAGUGAAAACAUGGAUAUUAGUCUACAGUCUACCAUGUUUGGAAGAUAUCCUUCAUGAUACAGCUCUUAAACAUUAUUCAUUACUCGUCAGAAUUUUGUACACUUUAUUAAAAACAACAAUCACCGAAGAAGAAUUAGUACAAUGCGAAUAUGACGCCCUAAAGUUUGUUGGUAUUAUCAGGUUAUUACGGAGUUGA